CGUCCAUCCCUUGUGGAAGGACGACAAGCGAGGAAUCUGUUACCGGGACAAUCGUCGGGUCAUCAUCACGAUUCCGAAUUGCCCCGAUUCGCCGAGGAAAUCCAAAACGUGACAGUAAGCGUAGGACGUGAUGCUCUACUGGCUUGCGUAGUGGAUAACCUACGACAUUAUAAGGUGGCAUGGGUGCGCGUCGACACGCAAACUAUACUGUCGAUUCAUCAGAACGUAAUUACUCAGAAUCCCCGUAUCACUUUAUCGUAUAAUGAUCACCGCUCGUGGUAUCUUCAUAUAAAGGAAGUUCAAGAAGUUGAUCGCGGAUGGUACAUGUGCCAGGUAAAUACGGAUCCAAUGAAGAGUCGUCAAGGUUACGUACAAGUUGUAGUACCUCCGUCGAUUAUUAGCAAAGAGACCAGCACGGACAUGGUGGUCCGUGAAGCUUCCAAUGUGACGUUGACGUGCAAAGCGACCGGAUAUCCGGAGCCUUACGUCAUGUGGCGACGCGAGGAUGGUCAGAACAUAAAUUAUAAUGGCGAGAGUGUGAAUGUCGUGGAUGGCGAAGUGCUGCAUAUCGUGAAGAUAAGCCGUCUUCACAUGGGAGCUUAUUUAUGCAUAGCUUCAAACGGCGUUCCGCCAUCGGUGAGCAAGCGCGUCUCGCUACGUGUGCAAUUUCCACCCAUGCUCUCUAUACCAAAUCAGUUGGAAGGAGCGUAUAUUGGACAAGACGUUACCCUCGAGUGUCACACUGAAGCUUACCCGAACUCGAUAAAUUAUUGGACAACUGAACGCGGCGACAUGAUAGUCUCUGGCGACAAGUACGAUGCGGUAGCCACCGACAGUGGUUACAACAGGUAUAUGAUACUGAAGAUAAGAAAUGUCGGUCCGAAAGAUUUUGGUUCGUAUAAAUGCAUUGCACAAAAUUCUCUUGGCGGGACGGAUGGUGUCAUCAAGCUAGAUGAAAUCCCAGCUCCGUCGACAACAACUACAACACAGCAGCCAUACGACGCAACGUCAGCGCACAAGAAUGGUAGAAACAGUAACAAGAAAUCACGACAAAAUCAACGACCUUUCGACUACGAGGUCGAGGAAUGGCGAAAUCCAGACUAUGAUAGGGAUUUCGGCCAAGCGUCGAUGAGGCCACCGGGUGAGCUGCCGGACGUCCAGAGUUCGGGUAUGUCCCAUCGUGUACCGCUCAUCCUUCUCCUUUCGAGCCUCCUGUCAUUGCUGGUACCGGCCAUCCGAAGGUGAUUCUUACGUCGCAGGAACGGGGCUUCCAGUUCUAGUGUUUAUUGGUCGGCAACCGGGCCGGCGACAGCUGGUGCGCGCGUGGUUCCGGUGCGCCAUCAGGCAAAUGACGGACGAAUACUAACCGCGUCGCGCUUGAAAUUAUUUUCGUACUAAAAAUAAACUUAUACACAGAGAAAAAGAGC